AUGCUGGCCGUUUGCACAGUUGAAUCCGCGAAUUCGUGCUUAGAAUUUUUUGUCGGUUGCUUUUACAAAAACUGGAACGUCCUGACCCGUUUGCGGAUCUACCGCAACCGACAUCGACCCCGCGUCCCACGUGCCGACGUGCGGGCCAGCUACCGUUGGGCCCCAGUUGCACUUUGGAUCCAACGGCUUCGCGAGCAAUGUGCUCUCCAUGUGGGCCGGCGAGUCCGCCGAAUCUUAAACGAAGCUUGGUCGCUUUUGGAUCUGCUGCCUGUGCUCCAAGACAUCCUACUUGUGUGGUCCUUGCGGCCCCGCAUCGGGCACAGUGUACUGCGCGAUGGCGAGCAGGCCAUCGCGAAGCCAAUGCCGUUUGUAAACGUGGUCGAAGAAAGCCGCGAGAUCUCCGAGGCGCAGCCGUCUGUCUGCAGUGACGAGAUCGUCGUCUUGGCCGAGGCCUUACAGCGCCACUGCCAGGGUGGCACUUUGUUCGCCCCCUUUGCCUGGAUGGAUGGUGCACCGCUCGUCGGCAUCCCACCAGGAAACGGGACGAGUGCCGGGGCAACGCUGUGCAACUUGCCAUGUGCGAGAACGUGCGAGAUCGUUUCAUAG